UGACACCGCACCCGACCUAAAGAACAGGAUUUUUCUAGUCCCCUAUCUGCUGGACCAUAUCAAAGGGUACUGCGGGUGACCUUCCUUUGUAGCAGCAGAACGCCACGUCACUUGGUCUCCAAGCACCCUAGGGCGCAGGAGGUCAAGCUGGGAGGAGGGGGUGUCCAGGCCCCGCCCCGCCCCUCUCCCGCAGGAGGCGCCACCUCGCCUGAGUCGCAGGAAGGAAGGAGGUGCAGGAGAGGAGCCAUGGUCGCCAGGGGCGGGAUGCUCCUGCUGCUCACAGCCUUGCCGCUAUCGCAGGUGGGACCUGGGAAGCCGGCACCGUCGGAGGAAGGCGCAAUGGAGGCCAUGCCAGGUCCCUGUGGCCACCGGACCAUCCCCUCACGCGUGGUGGGUGGAGAAGAUUCGGAGCUGGGGCGCUGGCCGUGGCAAGGGAGCCUCCGUCGAUGGGGCACCCACAGCUGCGGGGCGAGCCUGCUGAGCCGCCGCUGGGUACUCACCGCCGCCCACUGCUUUAAAGAAGCCCUUAAUCCUGAUGAGUGGACCAUCCAGUUUGGUGAGCUGACUUCAGCGCCAUCCUUUUGGAACAUGGAAGCCUACUUAAAUCGCUACCAAGUGGAUAAGAUCAUUCUGAGCCCCAAAUACACGGGGGUGUCUCCUUAUGACAUCGCCCUGCUAAAGCUGGUCUCCCCUGUCGCCUACAAUAAGAACAUCCAGCCCAUCUGCAUCUCAGCCUCCAUGUCCAAGUUUGAGAACUGGACUGACUGCUGGUUUCACUAUGUAGCCCAGGCUGGCCUUGAACUUGAAGCAAUCCUGCUGCCUCAGCUCCCUGAGUGCUGGGAUUACAGGCAUGCGCCACCACACCAAGCCAGGCUGGAUCUGCCAGCUCCCUAUACUCUCCAGGAAGUGCAGGUCAGCGUCAUCAACAAAGCCAUGUGUAACCACCUGUACCAAAGAUCAGACUUCGGUGUGGCCAUCUGGGGAGACAUGGUGUGUGCUGGUGAUCCUGCAGGUGGCAAGGAUACCUGCGUUGGAGACUCAGGAGGACCCUUGGUUUGCGACCUGGAUGGGGUGUGGUAUCAGAUUGGAAUCGUGAGCUGGGGAGUGGGCUGUGGUCGCCCCAAUCAGCCUGGAGUCUACACCAACAUCAGCCAGCACAUCCACUGGAUCCAGAAGACAGUAGCCCAUGAUGGCUCACCCGGGCUAGACUUCUCCCUACUGCUGUUGCUCCUCACUCUGCUCUGCACUACCCGGUUUGUGGGCUCCACCUGAGCCCACCUGACCCAUGGGGUUAGGGUCAUCUGCUGAAUCAGGCCCUGAUCCUCCUCUAUCCUUUUGGUAAUAAACAUGUUGGAGUUGA